AGUCCUCAGCCACUGGUGAUCCGUCCGCAGCGCACCGAGCCCACACUAGCACAGUGAUCGUCUCGUCUCCAGCAGCCGUCCACCAUGCCGACGAUCGCUCCAACAGUGAAGCUCAACAAUGGCCGCACCAUGCCAGCUUUCGGUCUGGGCACGUUCCAGGCAACUCCAGGAGCUGUAAGGGACGCAGUCAAACAUGCUAUUAAUGUGGGCUAUCGCCAUAUUGAUACUGCAGCUGUCUACCUGAAUGAAACGGAAAUAGGCGAGGCCCUUCAGGAGAAGUUUGCUGAUGGAACAGUGAAGCGGGAAGACAUGUUCAUCACCAGCAAGUUGUGGAAUACACGUCACAGGCCAGAGGUGGUUGUACCAACACUUAAAAAAAGUUUAGCAGAUCUUAAAUUGGAUUAUCUGGACUUGUAUUUAAUCCAUUGGCCUUUUGCAUAUAAGGAAGGAGACAACAAUCACCCAACAGAAAAUGGAGCUGCAGCUACAGCAGACAUCGACUAUGUGGACACAUGGAAACAAAUGGAAGAGUGUGUUCGUUUAGGUCUAGCAAAGAACGUUGGAGUGUCCAAUUUCAAUAGCAAACAGCUCACCAGAGUACUUGAAAAAGCUUCAAUCAAACCAGUUACCAAUCAGGUUGAAUGUCACCCUUACCUCAACCAACAGAAAUUGAUCGAUUUUUGCAAGCAGAGAGACAUACUUAUUACUGCAUACAGCCCACUCGCAAAUCCCUCUAUGAAGAUGCCAGAUGGUGGAGUGCCACUCUUAGAACAUCCAAAAAUCAAAGAACUUGCUGCUAAAUACAAGAAAACAGUGGCUCAAGUUGUUCUUAGAUACGUGUUUCAACUAGGUACAGUGCCAAUACCAAAAUCUUACAACAAAAGUCGAAUUGAGGAAAACAUCCAAAUCUUUGAUUUUAACCUCAGUGAUGAUGACAUGGCCUACAUCAAGACAUUCAACAGGAACUACAGAAUCUUCCCUUUUGCUGAGGCUGGCCAUGACAAACAUUACCCAUUCCACGCUGAAUUCUGAAGUGAAGUGCAAGAUGUAUCUGGACUACGCAUGAAUGAGUUUCAAAGUAUUUGUGCUGGUAUAAGGAGAUGUGAUAAUAUCAGGACUGUAGCAAAACAUUUGGAUUCAGCUAUAAAAACGCACAAUUACUUUGUUUUUCAUGGUGAAUGUGAUAACAUACACAUAAAGAACACUCAGAUUUAAUGUUUACCACAUUUGUUCAGCUCUUACAUAAAAGAAAGAAGUUUAAAGAUAA